ACAUUCUUAGGUGUGUAUUUCCCUGCUAUUGCUAGUUUAUUGACCACUAGAGUAUCUGAUGAGAAUAGAAGCUUUGUGAAUGGACUGAUACAUGCUGGACCACAACUGGGGUCAGUCCUCACUGGUCUCCUAGGAUACACGUUCCUCUUCUCCCACGGGUGGGAGUACAUGUUCCUGUUAAUAGGAGUAUCAGGGAUUGGGUGGGGCUUACUCUUACGAUGGCUAUCAAGAAGACACACCUCUAAAAUGCACUAUCAGCUAUUGGACUCAUCACCAAAACAAGAACUAUCAAAUAAUGGGACUAGUAGUGGCAGUAGUAAGACUAUUAAUGUCAGUUAUUCACAAAGAAAGGAGCCACCUACUUGUGUGGAUAUGCCAUGGAGGAGUUUGAUAAGACAAGGACCUGUUUUGGCGAUGUUUUAUGCUAGUUUCUGUGAAGGGUUCUUCUUUCAUCUCUUGUUCUCAUGGCUACCGACAUUCUUUCAUGAUAACUUUCAAGACAGGAAGCACAGCGCUUGGAUGUACAAUGUCUAUCCGUGGAUUGCUAAAGGUAUUUCAGCUACUCUUGGUGGGUGGAUAUCUAAUCGACUAAUACAACAAGGUACUAGUAUUACAACUACAAGGAAGUUAAUGGAGCGACUAUCACUAGCUGGAUCUUCUCUUUGUCUCUUUUCUCUAGCCAUUGCUUGUCAGAGUGGACCUUUAGCUGACUUCAAUGUCUGUCUGGGUCUUGUUGUAGCUGCCAUGUUCUUUCAAGGGUUUGAAAUAUCAGGAGUUACCAUCAAUCCAAUAGACCUAGCUCCUUCUUAUAGUGGACUCCUUUAUGGUUUUAUGAAUGGAUUUGCUGCUAUACCUGGUGUAUUUGGUGUGUCAUUAGUUGGUCAUUUAUUACACUCAUACAACAACUGGUCUUAUGUCUUCUUAAUGAUAUCUGCUGUCUCAUUCUCUGGAUGUAUCAUCUAUUCGUUAUUUGCCAGUGGGAAAAGACUACCUCACAUUGACCACAGCUAGUAUAAUGUUAGUAUUAUUAAUUUAUUAUUAUUAUAUUUUAUAAUAUUUUUGAUGAUGACAAUAAUCUCGGACUAUAAUACAUUCACGCAUUAUUUAUUAUAUUAAAUAAGAAUUAUUUUUUCAUUCUUCUUAUAGUAAUAAUUUGCAUAUACAUUUUCAUUAUUUUCUCCGCCAUAUUAUUGCUUUAGUUUCCUAAGCUUGGUCCUUUUUACA